AGUUCUAUGGAGUUUUAGAAACAAAUUUAAACAACAAGACAAGCGAUGAAGUACGUAAGAUGCAUCUCGUUAAUCGUAUUCGUUGCGCUGAUGGUGACUUUCGUGUACAGCGAAGAUUGCACCGUCGAGAACGAGGAGUACUACAGCUGUGCAUCGCCGUGUCGCCGAAACUGCACCAAUCUUGCGCAAAUGUUGAGCUGCACGGGCGUGUGCGUUUCGGGAUGCUUCUGCCGACCGGGCUACUUUCGCCGGGAGGACAAUGCUUGCGUGAAGCCAUGGCUAUGCUCUAAUAAUUCGUUGCAAAAUCAGCUCACCGCCGGGAACGGCCUAGACGUACCACAUUAG